CGAUAAUGGUUAUUUUAAUAGAUAACACAAAAAUGUAUUUGCAAUAUAUUUUUAUCAGUCAGCAAUACCUAUACGUGAUAAUUUUGUUGUUGACACUAUUUUGAUGAUAAGAAAAACCUAGUCACGGGUUAUAUUUACUCAUCAUCGUCGCCAGUAUUGUGUAGUUUACCUUCGGACUUGUCUAAUAAUAUAAAAAUAAAUUAGUUGCCAAAACAAAAAAAAAAAAAAAUGUUUCAAGUUCCCGAAACGAUUCUAAAUAAAUUAAAGUGCAAUUUGUGCGAUGGUUAUUUGAACGCCCAACCCGUUGUUGUUAAAGAUAAUCAACAAAUAUGUGCAAAAUGUUACAAAAUAUUACCAGCGGAGGAAAUGGAAAAGUGUGUGAGAGAAAUUACAUUCGAAGCGUUGGGAAGUUGCCUGGUUUUCCCUUGUCGUUAUCAUUUGAUGGGCUGCGAACAUCGUUUUGUGUGGAACAAUGAAAACGGACACGAAGCCGAGUGUAAGAAACGGUAUUUUACUAUACCAGAUGUUGCAUCGAUUAAUAACAACAAAGAUGCUUCAAUGAGCUUGAUAAAAUCUGAAAUCAGCACAUUUAAUAAUGCCGGAUUUAAUCCUGAAGAUUUAGUUUACGAAAAUAUUUAUUCAACAAUCAAAUCUAUUAGGCAAUGCUUAAGCUGUAAUACUCAAGUAACUAGCAGCAACAAAAACUUAUGCUUAUUCGGUCAUAUUUCCUGCAACAAUUGUAAACAAGAUAUGUGUGUUGCUUGCGUGAAAAAUUUGGAUGGAAAUUCGAGGAUCGCGUGCAAAAAUGCUUCGAAAGGUUGUCAAGAGUUACUCUAUCAAAGUGACGUAGGAUUUCACAGAGACAACUGCGAAUUUAACCAAAUCGCUUGCCCAAUUAACAAAUGCGAUAAAAAGUUUAUGUUUAAUGAACUAAUGAGUCAUUUACGAAACAAUCACGCAGAUAAAAUAUUUGUCACAAAUGAGCUAAUGAAAAAUAUGAGUCACAAAGAUCAAAUUUUGGUAUUUAUUUGUCACGAUAGCAUAUUUAAGUGUUUGUAUUAUUACUAUGUUACUUCGGUUGAAUUAUUGGUGGUUUAUUUGGGACCGUGUGUAAAAGCUCAGGAAUUUUCUUUCGAAGUCACAGUGGAGGUCAAUAAAAAGCAACUGAAGAAAAAGUUGGGGUGCGCCAACUGGAAUAACUACAUGUUGGCCAGCGGAGUCAGUUUCGAUAAGAAGGAAUUGCAAAAUGAUCAGCAAGAGAAACUGAGCAAGUUUGCUUUGGAUUUGAAGAUUCUCAGAGAAAAUUAGGUUUUGCUUAUUGGAGGAAUUUGAUCGAUUACGUAUAUGAAACUGUGAUAAAUAUUUAGUGAUUUCACAAUUAUAACAAAUUUGUUAUAGGGUUAUAAUAAUUUAUAAAUUAUUUUUAAAAUGUGUUGUUUUUUUUUUAAUUUUUUUUAAUUUUAGCGAGAGAAUGUGAAAGUUUUCAAAUAAUUAUUUCAUUUAAAGGGUAGCUCCCAAGCCAAGGCUGGUUCUUAUUCUCAUACAGGGUGUUACAGAUCCGCAAGUAGGUAAGUAUGAGGAUUUCGGUAAUUAUGAGAAAUAGGGUGGGUUAAAUUGAAGAAAACUUAGGAAGAAAUUUCAUUAAAG